AUGGCCAGGAAUGGAAAUAAUUCACAACAUGUUCAUUUUGCUUUCUUUCUUUGCAGAGUUAUAGUAAACAUAACUCAUAGUACCACAGGAUAUCAUUCAAAAACAAUACGUUUUCUGAAUGUGGCUUUUGACAGUUCUGGAGAUUCUCUGCUUGCAGGAGAUCACCAAGGAAAUAUAUAUGUUUUUGAUUUGAAUGGAAACAGGUUCCACCUUGUCCAGCGAACAACGCAGGCUUGUACUGCUUUAGCAUUUAAUCUUCGUAGGAAGACAGAAUUCCUUGUGGCUUUGGCAGAUUAUUCCAUAAAGUGUUUUGAUAUAGAAACCAAAGAACUCGUUAGCUGGAUGAGAGGACAUGAAUCUUCAGUGUCUUCCAUCUCUGUCCAUGGCUCAGGCAGGUAUGCAAUCACCACGUCCCCUGAUACAGCACAGCUCUGGGACCUGGACACCUUUCAAAGGAAAAGGAAGCUCAACGUUCGUCAGUCUGUGGGUAUACAGAAGGUUUUCUUUCUUCCACUAAGUAACACCAUCCUCAGCUGUUUUAAAGAUAACUCUGUUUUUGCGUGGGAAUUCGAUACUCUUCAGUGUAAAUACCAGCUGCCAACUCCAGUAGAAGGUUCUGUAUUGCUUUAUAAGGUCUUUGCAGUCACCAGAGAUGGCCGGAUUUUUGUAGCUGGCGGAAAAUCCAAUCAUCUUCACUUAUGGUGUUUAGAAUCAAAGCAGUUGGUGAGAAUAAUCCAGAUGCCUACAAAAGUUCGGGCUGUCCGUCAUCUGGAAUUCCUCCCUGAUAGUUUUGAUGGGGGCUCUAAUCAGGUCCUUGGAGUGUUGAGUCAAGACAAUAUUAUGAGGUUUAUCAAUAUAGAGACAUGCAAACUUCUUUUUGAAAUUGGGAGUUACGAGGAGGGAAUUAGUGCAGCAGCAAUUAGCCCCAAUGGACGUUAUAUUGCAGCAGUAAUGGAAAAUGGAAGCCUUAACCUAUACAGUGUCCAAGCUUUGACUCAAGAAGUAAAUAAGCCUCCACCACCCCUGUUCAAAGUAGUGGAAGAUUGGUCCAAGAACAAGUUAGGGGCAAAUAAACUUACAAUGAGGGUGGCUUCGGGAAGGUCAGAGCGCCCUUGGAAAUCCAGAGGAAGCAAAAUUGAAACCAGAACACUGAAACCACAAGCAAACGCAUCGCUUGAAAAUAAAGAGAAUGAGUUGCCAGGUGGAUUAAACAAGAAACGUCUGCAGGCUUUGUUGAAAGGAUUUGGAGAAUAUCCAGAGAAAUACAGGAUGUUUGUUUGGCGUUCCUUAUUGCAGCUUCCUGAAAACCACGUAGCGUUCAGCAGCCUGAUAGAUAAAGGCACCCACAGUGCCUUUGUGCAUAUUCAGAACGAGUAUCCCAUUAAAAGUAGGAAACUGCUGAGAGUUUUACAGAGGACCUUAUCUGCUCUAGCUCACUGGUCUUCUAUCUUUGGUGAGACACCUUAUAUUCCUUUGCUAGCAUUCCCAUUUGUAAAAUUGUUUCAGAACAACCAGCUGAUCUGCUUUGAAGUUGUUGCUACUGUAAUAGUUAAUUUUUGUCAGCACUGGUUUGAGUAUUUUCCCAAUCCUCCAGUUAAUGUCCUUAGUAUGGUGGAGAAUAUUUUGGCACAUCAUGACAAAGAGCUACUUCAGCAUUUGGUAAAAUACAGUGUGACUUCGCAGGUUUAUGCCUGGCCUCUUCUAGAAACACUGUUCUCUGAGGUUCUAACCAGAGAGGAAUGGCUGAAAGUCUUUGAUAAUAUCUUCUCCAACCAUCCUUCAUACUUUCUAAUGAUUGUUGUUGCCUACGUUACAUGCUCCAGAGCUGCAUUGCUUCACUGUAAUCAAAUAGAGGAUUUUGAGUAUUUCUUUCAUCAUCGGAACAACUUGGACAUUAAUGUCGUGAUUAAAGAAGCUUAUCACCUGAUGGAGUCUACCCCAGUGGACAUCCAUCCACAGCGUAUGCUGGAUGACUUCAUGCCGCUCACAAAAGGGCAGUACCCUGUAUUUAAUAAAUAUCCCAAGUUCAUUGUGGAUUAUCAAACUCAGGAACGAGAGAGGAUCAGACAGGAUGAGAUCACGUACUUACGAGAGAGACAGUUGGUGCAUGAAUUGGAAGCUAAAGCGCAGGAACGGAAGGCAGAAGAUGAAGCCUGGUAUCGGAGGCAGGAACUGCUUCAAGAAGCUGAGGAACAGAGGAGAAAAAUGCUGCUGGAAGAAGAAGAGAAGCUGGCAGAACAGAGGCAGAGACUAGCUGCUGUGAAAAGAGAACUGAAAGUAAAGGAGUUGCAGUUGCUGGAUGCUGCAAGACGACGUUUUCUGAAAUAUCAACAAGAUCAGCGGCAGAUGGAGCUCAAACGACUUGAAGAUGAAAUUGCAAGAAAGGCAUCUAUAAGAGAGCAGGAAACAGCUGCUGUUGCUCAAGAUAUUGAAGUAAGGCAAAUGGAACUUGAGUCUCAAAGACAGCUUUUCGAACAGCAUCUUAUCAAAGAUCAAGAGACAGUAAUGCAGGAAGUGAAAGGAGAGAUAGAUGCGAGUCGAAGAAAGGCUGAUCUGGAAGAUCAUCUUGUUCAGAAAUUGGUGGAAGUAGAUCGAGAAGAAAAGCAGAAAGCUCAAAUGGUAGCUGAGGAAGAUUUAGCCAAAGCGGAGCAGCAACGCGUUGACACGGACUGGCGGGCGCAGGCGUCGCGCAGGCUGCGGCGCGAGGAUGAGGAGCGGGAGGAGGGCUACAGGGAGAUCGCCCAGCUGCUCCAUGACAACCGAGUGAAGGAAGCCCAGCUGCUGAGGGCGCUGAGGGAGGCCGAGGAGAAAAAGAGGCAAGAAGUUAGGCAGAAGAAGGCUCAGCUGGAGGCAGAGCAGAAGGCAGCUGCUGCUGCAGAUGAACACAGGAAGCAGUUUUUAGAAGAUGAAAUGAAGGGUGCAUUAGAAUUGUCUGGAAAGCUGCAGGAAGAAGAUGGCUAUCUUGACUGAAAUAGUUGACUUUGGAUUCUGAGCAAAUUGGGCUUGCCAUUAGCUGAAGCAAGUGAUUGUUCCAGCUUUGUUUCCUGGAAAAGAAAUGCUUCACCGCAAGCUAGAAAAUAUAUUAGAAAAAAGAACACA